AUGAUCUCUGCUCCAAGGUACAGCAGUGCAAGUCCAAGCCCGAGUGGCGAAUGGGCAGUGUACACUUCUACAAACUAUUCCUGGGAAGACCACGAGUCUUCGACGACCUGGUGGCUCUUGCACAUCCCAACUGGAGGUAUCACUGAUCUGCCAUGGGGCAGCGAUGUGUCUGAAGCUGCAUGGGUUGGCGCUACCAGCACAAGCGUACUAUACGUGAAUGGCACGAAUGACGAUGUACCUGGAGGAGUCACGCUAUACACAGCAGAUCUCGCAGACUCACCCAUUGAGCCAACCUUGGUCGCUUCACUUCCCGCGCCUUAUUCUGGACUCAAGGCCGUGAGAACAUCAGCCGGCGACAUCAAUUUUCUGCUCUACGCUUAUGCAUAUGCAAAGAAUGGGUCUGCGUACAACGAGGAAUUGGCCACUAAGCCGUAUCACACCGGAAUGCUGUACGAUUCGAUCUACGUUCGCCACUGGGAUACAUGGCUUACGGAAAACCGCCAAGCUGUAUUCUCGGGCACGCUUAAGAGCAACGGAUCUUCCUACAGCUUCGAUGGAACGAUGACCAAUCUGCUCAGCAAGUUGAAUUACACUGCGACUCGGCCUGAAUCGCCAGUUCAACCAUUUGGAGAUAGUGGUGACUACGACCUCAGCCCGGACGGUUCCACUGUAGUCUUCCUCACCAAGGCUCCGGAGCUCCCAAAGGUCAAUACCACAGCUAGCUAUCUGUACCUCGUGCCUCAUGAUGGCUCCACCGCACCAGAGAAACUUAAUGGUCCAGGAAGCAAGGCCCCCGAAGCAGCACAAGGAGCGUCAGGCGCACCAUUGUUCUCGCCAGAUGGAAAGAAGAUCUCGUACUUCCAGCAGGAUGGCGUGUCUUAUGAGUCCGACCGAAGCAAGAUCUACUGGGCGAACGUCGAGUCUAAGGAGAUCACUCUUGUCGCUGGCGACUGGGACUACUCGGCCACCAGCGUCAAGUGGAGCCCCAGUUGCGAAGAUCUCUACGUUGGAGCUGACUACAUUGGAAGCACCAGACUCUUCAUCAUUCCCGCCGAUGCUGCUGCCGACUACGAGCCUCAGAACAUCACAGAUAUCACCUCCGUGUCCGCCUUCUACGUGCUCCCAGAUGGCAAUGCCCUUGUCACUGCCAACUCCAUAUGGGCCUCAUUCCUGCUGUACACAGUCAGCCCGACUGCCGAGACGAAAUACUUCUACAAGUCAAACGAGCAAGACUCCGAGCUCGCAGGUCUCGGUCCUGGGGAUAUCGGAUAUCUCUGGUACAACGGCACUCUUGGAGACUCGCAACAAGCCAUAAUCGUGUAUCCAGAGGACUUUGACCCAAACAAAGUCUACGACUUAAUCUUCUACGUCCACGGCGGACCUCAAGGAUACACCGGAAACGUUUGGUCCACGAGAUGGAAUCUAAAGACGUGGGCGGAUCAAGGCUACGUCCUCGUCGGUCCCAACCCCACAGGCUCGACAUCUUACGGCCAGCUCUUGACCGACCGUAUCCAAGGCAAAUGGGGAGGUUGGCCAUACGAAGACCUUGUCAACGCACACAAGACCGCGUGCGACACCCUCCCAUACAUCAACUGCAGCAAUGCCAUCGAAGCAGGAGCUUCCUACGGAGGUUACAUGACAAACUGGAUCCAAGGCCACGACCUCGGCCGCGAAUUCAAAGCCCUCGUCUGCCACGACGGAGUCGCAACCACAUACGCAGAUUGGAGUACGGAAGAACUGUGGUUCAUGUUACACGAAUUCAAUGGCACGCUCUGGGACGCGACCAGUCGUGAGAUCUACGAAGCUUGGGAUCCAUUGAAGCACGCGAAAAAUUUCUCCACUCCGCAAUUCAUCGUGCACAAUGAACUUGAUUACCGAUUGCCGGUCAGCGAGGGUCUGGCGAUGUUCAAUGCCCUGCAGACUGUGGGUGUGCCUUCGAGGUUUCUGAGCUUCCCGGAUGAAAAUCAUUGGGUGCUGAAUAGGGAGAAUAGUUUGUUUUGGCACAAGGAGAUUUAUAAUUGGAUUAAUUUUUGGACGGGGAAGAUUGGGAGUUUGGAUGGUAAUGCGAUUACGCAGUGAUUGCUCAUGGAAACGUGCUGUACAUGUAGUGCUCCGAAUCAAUACCAUAACAUAUCACGCU